AGCCCUCUGAUUUGCACAAAAAAAAAGAAGCCCUCUAGUGAGGCCAGCUCGCCCCUGUUUGUUCUGGUGCGCCUCUUCUUCUUCUUCGCCGUGUCGAACACUCGAAUCGCACCGCACCGCACCGCACCACAAACCCUUCUUCUCUCUGUCUUUCCUCCGACCGGAAAGCGAAGAAACCUUUCGUCGGCGGCGCGCCGGCCCGCCAUGGACUUCUCGGAGCAGGACGUCGACGUCUUCGGCGAGGACUACGAGGCCGACGGGGGCGGGGACGGCGGCGGCGGCGCCUCGUCCGGCUCCUCGUCCCCGUCCUCGUCCUCUUCGUCAUCCGCCGCCGGGUCGUCCUCCUCCUCCAGCGGCGGCGCGUCCAGCCGCAGCAGCAGCGGCGGCGGCGGCGGGGGUGGAGGCGAGGACGAGGAAGGGGUCGACCAGGGGGCCGUCGCGGGGGAGUACGACGACGACCCGUUCGACGCCGUGCCCGCGAAGGCCGCCGCCGGGUACGGGGACGAGGAGAGGGGGGAGGAAUAUGCGGAGGAGGAAGAUGAGGAGGAGGAGAGGGAUUUGUUCGGCUCGGACAACGAUGAAUACGUCAAGACCCCCGCGCGUAGCAACUACCUAGUCCCAGUGCUACCCUCAAUAAGGAGCACCAACAAUCAUUCUCGGGGAGGAUUUGGGGGCCGAAAUGGCAGAGGCCCACCUCUUCUUCCAAGACCAGGAGGCCAUCCAGGACGGCAUAACUUUGGAUAUGGGAGGUUUUCACAUGGUAAUGGACGCAAUGUUGAAGGUUUUGUUUCAGAAAUGAAGCUUAAUAAGAGUGAAGAAACUUUAUCUAGGAAAGCUGUUGCUUUUCAGGAGCCUUGUGAGAUCGCAUGCUACAGCCGUGUUGAAGGUGGGGAUGUAUAUUUUGAUGACCGCAGCUUGAGGCUCUUUAAACGCAACAUUUGCGACUAUGUGGGUGUAAAUCUCAAUAAAGGAUUUGAAUCUUUUAUAGAGAAAAGAGAUUUGGGUUCUGAUGGAUUUGGUGAUCUUCUUGCAUGCAUAAGAGGCUCAACUAUACCUCUUCAGAACAUACAUUUUGUGACGUACCGCAACAAUCUUAACAAGAUAUUGGCCACGGCUUAUCUAAGAGAACCAUGGAAGAUGGGUGUCCACAAAAGAAAUGGUGUUGUAUACCUUGACGUCCAUAAGCUCCCUGAAAGACCAAAAAGUGAGAUUGAACGCCGAAGAUGUUACUGGGGAUAUUCUUUUGAAAAUCUUGCCACUGAGAAUUCCAUUGAUGAGGAUGGAAGAGGUAUUGAUGCAAACGUAGAGUUUUGUUCUGUAAUAAAAACAAAAUUGGGUGCACAUCGCAUUAUCAUGGGCGCUGAGAUGGACUGCUGUGAUGCAACUGAUGAUGGUAGGAGGUUCUACGUGGAGUUGAAAACCAGCAGAGAGCUGGAGUACAAUACGGUGGAAAAAUUUGAGAAAGAGAAGUUGCUUAGAUUCUGGAUUCAAUCAUUCCUUGCUGGUGUUCCUUAUGUUGUUGUUGGAUUCAGGAAUGAUGCUGGUGUACUUGUACGGACUGAGAGGCUAAGAACCAAAGAUAUAACACAAAAAGUAAAAGCAAAGAACUACUGGCAGGGAGGUGUCUGCUUGGCCUUCGCUGAUGAGGUUUUAUGCUGGCUGUAUGGCACUGUUAGAGAGAACGAGGACUACACCCUGCAAUUUGUACACCCAUUCAAUCGCUUGGAACUUCUACGUGCUCAAUCUCCCUGUCCCGAUGCCAUCACUCAGCAUGUGGAACAGCUCUCUGGUACAACAGGCUAGAUUAGUUCGUAGACAGAAUUUCGACAAUUAAGAGGGUGUAGUCUUAAACAGAACUUUCGGCAAUUACAAUGGUUGAGCUGACGAGCUUAGCCAAGUGACAUAGGGAGACGACUUUAAUGGUUUGCUCUUUGAAUUGCCAAAGAGAUUUUGAAAAAUAUCAAAAACAUUAUGAUUCUCCAGUAA